AUGAGUCUCCCGUCCACGAGCGACGACGCCGAGGGCGGAGUCGGCGGCGGCGGUAGCAGCAGCGAGAGCCUCAGCUGCACCGCCGACGACGACACCCAUCCCCAGUCCCCCUCGCCUCGCGACCAAUCCCAAGAGCCCCCGCCCCUGGGAGCGCCUCAUGCACCGGCCCCGCCCCCUCCUCCGCCGCCGCCGCCGCCACCACCACCCCCACUACCGCCACCUCCGCCCGACAUCGGCGGCCACGGCGGGGUGCGGAAGAAGCGUCGCGUGCGGAGCUUCUUCUGGAAGACUAUCCCGGAGGAGAAGGUGCGGGGCAAGCCCAACAUCUGGACCAUGGCCGUGCGCCAGCAGCAGUACCAGAUCGACGUGAGCUCCGUGGAGGAGCUGUUCGGACAGCGCGAAGAGGGCGGCGGCGGGGGCGGCGUGGCCCACCGGCGGGACAAGACGCCGGCCUCGGAACAGCAGGCGGGGGUCGGACGGACCCGCUCCUUCAAGGAGAGCAGCAAGGAUGAGAUCAACAUCCUGGACGCUAAAAGAGGAAUGAAUGUCGGAAUUUUCCUGAAGCAGUUUAAGAAGUCCAACCAUUCCAUCGUGGAAGACAUACGACAGGGAGAAGGCCAGAUCUAUGGAGCAGAGCUACUAAAAGACCUUCUCAAGCUGCUGCCUGAUGCAGAGGAGAUCAAGAAGCUCCAGUCCUUUAAGGGGGACCCAAGCAAGCUGACACUUGUUGAUUCCUUUAUGUUCCUGUUGAUCCAGGUACCACGGUUCGAGGUUCGGAUCGAGGCGAUGGUGCUCUGUGCAGAGUUCUCUGCUUCCUGUGCUGUGAUGAGCCGUGAGAUCGAUGUCAUUCGUGUGGCCACUAAAGAGCUAAUGAACUGCGAAGAGCUCCAUGCAAUCCUGCACUUAGUGCUCCAGGCUGGGAACAUCAUGAACGCUGGUGGAUACGCUGGAAACGCUGUGGGAUUCAAGCUCUCGUCUCUCCUCUCACUGGCUGACACUAAGGCCAACAAGCCCGGGAUGAACCUGCUGCACUUUGUUGCUCUGGAGGCAAAGAAGAAAGACGAGAUGCUGCUCAAGUUUCCAGAAAAACUUCAAGAUGUCCAAAGUGCUGCUAGAAUCUCAGUGGAGAGCAUUGAGUCGGAGUUCACCUCCCUUUACGUCCGGACCAAGACCCUGGAGGAGAAGGUGCAGGAGGACCAGGAGCUCCAUCUGCAGCUGGAGCCUUUCCUCCAGAGUUCGGGACAGACCCUUCAGGACCUGAAAAGACGCCGGCUAGAUCUGCGCAAGGAAGGGAACGCCUUGAUCGACUUCUUCUGCGAGGACAAGGAAACCUUUAAGCUGGAUGAAGGCUUCCGCAUCUUUCAAGAUUUCUGUAUUAAGUUCAAGAAAGCCGUCAAGGACAACCAGGACCGGGAACUGAAGGAGGAGGCCAGGCAUCGGCGGCUGAGGGAGCUGGAGGAGAAGCGCUUCGCCUGGACCGGCGCCGACCAGAGCGCGGGGGGCUUCGGUCGGAGCUCCAGCGAGAAUGACGUGGAGAUGCUCACCAAGGAAGGCCUGCUGGGCUUCUUCCAGCAGCGAUCCCAGAGCCCGGGCAGCCCCAUGUCGCGCUCGGCCAGCGCCCGUCGCCACCGCCACACCGUCAACUCCGCAGCUGACCGCGAGCUCCAUGGGUACCUGGAGCUGUUUGGCGAGCCCGGGGCUCCCACCGACUUCUCCAGGUUCAACAGCCUACCUCGGGCGGGCCGCACCCAUCAGCGGAGGACCGCUCCCUGGAUCCUCUCCGACCUGGACAGCAGCCCCGAGCUGGGGCGGGACAGACAGCCCGCGGCGCUGUCACCGAGUCCAGAAACAGAGCCCAUUAGUCCCCUGGCCAGGUUCUCUUCCCCAGGGUUUAAUGCUAAUGAGGACCCCUAUUGCAACAACAAUAAUUACCGCUCUGUGUCCGAGGGCAGUGCUCUGCCCAGCUCCUGUUACAUGUUCCGAAGCCCAGCGCAACUCCCCAACCCAACAAUUACAGGGCAUAUGAACAUAAGUGUUGAGAAACACACGCUAGUCCAAGGACCUCAAACCUUUGACUUAGCUAGCCCGAACAACAACAGCAAUCACACACACUUUGUCCAACAGGGGGAUUUUGGGACUUACGAGGAGGGGCAGAGAGGGUCCUCUCCGAUAAACCUUGUUUUGGACAUCACUCCACUUAGUAACAUUUUAGAAAGCGACACAGAUCCCAAGGAAUUGGGUAAAGCGGGGAUAACUCAGUCUGGAGAUUGGCUUCACAAGGACAUAGAAGAAGAGGACAACAGCAGCCUUUCAUCAACCACCUGCGAUACGCCCCUCCCACUAGACUCCUCUGUGUCCAAUAAGAAGCCGAUGUUUAACAUUCUGGACUGCACCGAAGCCGACUGCUCUGUUGCAUUGGAUUAUUCCGAGAUAGACAGCUUGCCGAUAUUGAGGGAAGGGUUGGACCUAAAAACUCCAAACAAGAAAAACGGCCAGGAGAUCAAGCAAAACACAUUCUCUCCCAAUGAGAAGUCGGCCUCCACCUCGACCAACGAGCUCUCGGCACGAAAAUCCACUGACGCGUCCUCCGUCACGCCAUCAGCUACCACAGAAGACUGGGACACAGACAGCUGUGACACGGCAGAGGGGAAAAAACCGGGGAAGGUAGCAUCUGUAACCGGCACCACAAAACUACCACAGGCAAAGAGCAAGGUUACCAAAGCAGUCAAGGGCCUCGGAUGUCUCGGUGUUAGGACGCUGACCAACAGUGAGAACCAGGGCAUGCGUAAAGUGGUUCCCCUAACCAGGCACAACAGGUCGGUGAGCAACAAGCGAGCAGAGAGGCCGUCGGUCCAGGACGGCAGUGAGCCCCGGCGUCCGCUCCGUGACCAGAGCACCCCGGCCAGAGGGAGGAGUGAGAAGACCACCCGGACCCCGCGACACUCUAGCGUGCCCCCCGACGAGGCCAAGGCCCAGAGGGGAACCAGCUUGGCCGGCACCCUGUCCAGAUGGGCCCGGGAUAACACCCCGAAGAAGUCCUCUCUCCACAAGCCCAGCGCCAAACCCCUGAGGAACAUCCCCAAGGCUCCGCCAGAGGAGAAGAUGUGUCGCUCCACCAUGAGGGCCCUCGCCCAGGCCCAGGCCGCGGCCGAGGCCCUGGCUCAAGCCCAGGUCGGGGCCUCGUCCGAGGCCAGCAGCUCACAGGCCCUCGGUCCCAAAACCGCCUCGGGGGUUCCUCGCUUUGCUCGUAAUACCGUAGCUUCCACAUCCAGAAAGAUUAAGGAGCUAGUACCCACGUCCGUCCCGUCCACCCCUUCGCGGAGCCCGUCACUCCUGGGUCGAACGGCCUCAGCAAUACCGACCAGGAUGCCCUCUCCUGUGCUGAACGCUGCCGUCAGCAGGCAUGCUGCUUCCCCAGGGGACGAGCCAACCCAGGGGGCCACUGUGCGGAGAGUGCAGAGCGUGAGGGCCACCAGUCGAAGCGCAUAUCGAAGCGGUACGCCUCCGCCACCUACACUCCGGGAAGAGGUCCGCAAGGCCAACAGCUUUUCUGACAAGAGCACCCAAUCCAGAGAGGUGGUAGCGACCCCCAGAGGGUCUAAGCCAACCUGGAAGUAAAGCUAUGGUCUGUUGAAAUGUAACUCGAGAAACAGAAAGACAAAGAGCCCCCCAUUUUUCCUGAGAGAUGCAAACUCAAUUUGGGUCUGGUUCACCAAUGGCGCUGUAGACUUUUAAUCUUUCCUUAUAUAUAAUUAAAGACGCCUGGAAUCUGGUUAAAAAUAUCCAUACCUCAUCGACGUAAGCUCCAUCGGCCAUCUUUGUAUUAACUUGAUGAAUGAGGUUGAGUGAAGAGCAAGAUGCAAAGUACUGUUACAAGAGACAUUUAUUCACAGAGAGGAUUUAUUUUUUCAUCGUAUUCCUUGUUAUAUUUUCAAAUUAUAUAUUGCGAGUGAAACUAAACUGACAAAUGGCAAAAUUCCACUUUUGCAAAAGAGCCUUUGUUGCCUGCUUAGCAGUCUGCUACUACGGAUACUAUACUACUGUUUAUGAUGACGGUUGACGAUGUAUAUGUAGGUGCAGCCUAACACUGUAAUGCUGCUAAUUAGCUUCGACAAUUUAAGAGUUUCAGUGUCUUUAAUUGAAGGUUUUAAGCCUUGUGAUAACCUUGCCUUGCUGCUGUCCUUUUCUCUUUUCUCGUGGACGUUUUAACGUUUUGUUAGUUAAUUAUUGCUUGAUACCUCAGAAAAAUAGGCCUGGAAUUAAAGAAACAUGGCCUUGGCAUACACAACACUGAGCUCCUCCAAUCAGAUUAGUCCAGCAGAGGCCUUUUAUACUGUACUUUUAUUUGUUUUCUGUUCUAGACCCCUCCAUACUGUCAUGGAGUAGAAAUGCACAUAAGAAACAUUCUUUUCUCAAUAGUUUAGCUCAACACAGAUGCUAAGAGCAUUUGCAAUGCCUCACGUUUUAACGAAAACACUGAAACAUGUCACCAAGAUCAUCGUAUUUAUACUGACUUCCAUUUGCUAGGAUUGUUCAAUGGUGAAUGUCACUUAGUAAUGCUCAGUGUAGCUGUCUGCCUUAGUUUAACUUUUAAAUAGAGACGAUCGUUGCACCUAUAGUCUCAAAGAUGACACACACACACACACACACACACACACACACACACACACACACACACACACACACACACACACACACACACACACACACACACACACACACACACACACACACACACACACACACCAUUGCCUUAAGCUAGAUGUAGCCCUUUAAUCACUAGCAGAAAUGGAAGGUGAUUGUAGAUAGGACUAAGAAGGUCAUCUUCCACACUUUUCACCAUAUUUAAAAGACACCAAUAGAUAUUUUUGUAAAUAAUGUAAAGAUUAAAUAUUUUUUCGGAUUAUGGUUGCAUACACGGCAUACAAUGUAUACAAAAAUGUAUAAAGUGAGCACUAAAAAAGAGAAGGAUUUCCCUGUACAUGUUCCAUCUCUGGUUUAGUCUGAAAUAAGGUACACAAUAAAGAGCAUGCCUAAUCAACAUGUAUUUUGCACUGCACACAAGGAACGGUUUGUCAUACACAUGAACACACAGGAAUAAGCUUUACAGAUGGAGAAGGAGCAGCUAGAGGGAAGCAAAUCAUCCAUGAUCAAUUAGUUAGUUGAUGCACUAGUGUCUAUGUUUAUAGUUACCAUUAAAAGCAACUUUACAAUCUCUAAUUGACCACGUUCCUUGAGUUGUUGUUCUACUGUCUGAAUUGAGUCACAUAAUUUGCUUACAUCCAUGCAUCGCAUUUUCUAAUUUGUUUAAAUUAAAAUAAAAUUACGUUGAA